AUGGGUAAACGUAAAGGAAAGUGUGUAAAGAAGAAUCCGUCUUCUAAAGAAGCUCUGGAGCCAGAGCAUUUAGUAAAGGCUCCUCAUUCCUUUGUAAUUCAUCGAGGACAGUGCAGCAAGGACCUCAUCGACCUCAUGAAGGAUUUCAGAAAGCUAAUGGAACCGUUUACAGCAUCACAACUAAAGGAAAGAAAAAAGAACACAAUAAAAGAUUUUGUGUCAGUAUCAGGGUACCUGCAUGUCUCCCACAUGAUGGUGUUCACAGAGACGGACAUUGGCUCGUACAUGCGCAUGGCGAGGCUGCCUCGUGGACCUACACUCACGUUCCGGAUACAUAGUUACACUCUAGCCCGCGAUGUGAUAUCAUCAAUGCGGAAACAGUAUGUGAUGAUGCGCGCCUUCCAAAACGCUCCACUUAUUGUGUUGAACAGCUUCUCUGGGGAGGGUAUGCACAUGAAACUCAUGGCCACCAUGUUCCAGAACAUAUUCCCCACCAUAAAUAUUACGACAGUAAAACUAAAGAACAUUCGGCGUUGCGUACUAAUGAACUACAAUCCUUCUACAAAACUUGUUGAAAUGCGACACUACGCCAUCCGAGCUACUCCCGUUGGACUCAAUAAAGGAACUAAAAAGAUGGUGCAAGGCAAAAUUCCCAACUUAAAUCGUUGUAAGGAUAUGUCGGAAUUUUUCGACAAAGCUGGUAUGUUAUCAGAAAGUGAAUUCGAGGACGAUCCAAACUCGCAGGUGGUGCUGCCACAGAACUUGGCGUCGAGAGGAGCUGCCGCGGAGUCCAAGUCCGCCAUCAGACUGUUCGAACUAGGUCCUAGGAUAUCUUUCCAACUUGUCAAGGUAGAAGAUGGUUUAAUGGAUGGUGAGGUACUAUACCAUAACCUUGUAGAGAAGACAGAAGAAGAGAAGGCCUUGAUCAAAAAGAGGAGAGAGGAAAAGAGACGACUGAAAGAGAAACGAAAGGCACAACAAGAGGAGAACGUCAAAAGGAAAGAGGAAGAGAAGGAAUCUCUCAAACAGAAGGCGCUGGAGGGCAUGAAGAAGAAGAAAGAAAUGACUGAAAGUCAGAGGUUGAUGGAACUGGCGAAUGCAGAGUCCCAGCACGCCGACAUGGAGCAGGAUGACGAGGACGAUGACGCUGAUUACUACAGACAGGAAGUCGGCGUCGAACCAGAGAAAGACCUCUUCACACGUGACACAAGUAAAAAACGGAGAAGUGACGAAGAAGGACCUCGAGGAUUCAAAAAGAUGAGAUUAGAUAAUAAAAUAAAGAAAAAGUUCCAUAAAAGUCAAGAAAUAAACAAUCAGAAACAAGAUGGUAGAAACUUCAGAGGAAACCAAAAAGACGGCAGAAACUUCCACGGCAAUAAGGCAGGCAAGAAGUUCCAAAAUGAUAAGCCAGACGGCAGGAAGUUCCAGCAUGAUAAGUCAGGCGGUAGGAAGUUCCAGCAUGAUAAGCCAGGCGGCAGGAAGUUCCAGAACGACAAGAAAGGAGGUAGGAAGUUCCAGAGAGAUGGAAAUGAUGGACAAAAACCUUUUAACAAACAGAAAAAAGUAUUUGGAGGCAAAGUAAAUAAGUCUGGAAAAGGAGGUUUUAGUAAAGGCAAAGGGAAAAAAGGAAGGAAAUAA